UCUCGGCCGCGCUCUGAGUCGGGUCUCCUGCCUGGUCCCUGCCUGCCCCGCGCACAGCUCGCUUCCUGCAGACUCCAGGUUGAGAGUCUGAGUUCCCCCGGGUCGGCAGCAGAGUUGUCGCCGGCUGCUUGCGGAGAUGCCUGGGAAGAAGGCGCGUAAGAACGCGCAGCCGAGCCCUCCACGGGCCCCGGGAGAGGCUGAAGUAGAGUGUGCCAUUCAAUUAAGGAGAAUUGGAGACAAACUGAGUUUCCGGCAGAAACUCCUGAAUCUGAUAUACAAACUCUUCCACUCAGGAACCUGACUGCUGCAGAAGCCUUCGAGUGAGGAGACCGUGGAAGCUGGAUUCAUCGGAUUUCAUCAGUUAGAGGAGAGACUGCCUUGUAAUGGAGAAAAAUGAGCUCUCAUUUGCUUUUGGAUGGCCUUGGAAACGAAGAUGGAAAACAUCACAGUGAAUUUCUGUUGGAGGUUUCUCCGAAGUCAUUCUUUGGGAUGUCAGAACAUUAUAAAAAACUGCUUUGUUUACUUUAAGGUGAGAAUUGAAGAGCUUUGGAAAGAUGGAAUGGUAUUUUUUGGUUUUGCUUAGACAAUUGUUCUAGUAUUUUUGCUGAAGGUUGAUACUCAGCAUACUGUAAAGAAGAGUUGAUAAAUUAUUAGAAUGUUGGCAGGGGCCAAGAAACAGAAUAUGUUCCAGAAGAAGGUGUAAUAUUUGGUUUAUAUAUAUGUUAUGUUGUUAAAAGUAAAACUUUUAUUCUGAGAACACUGAAUGUCAUAGAGAAAGCUAUUUCAUAGGUCACUACAAAAUAUAAAGUGAUUUGAUAGUUUGUUUCUUUUUACUUAAAAUGUAUUAGUUCUGUUCAGAUGACAUUUUAUUAAAUGUGUUUCUGUGGGCUUUAACUGGGAAGUGUAUAAUUUGAAAAAAAUUUGAUCAAAAUACGAGAGUGUUACUUGGUACCAGUAAAAUUCUUACAGGUUGAAUGUUAAAAGGUAGAGCACAGGGAAUUUGGAUAACCAGGAAUAAUUUUUUUUUUAAAAGUGAAUUUGACUUUUUACUGCUGUAAUUAAAACUUAGUAAAACAAAUAUCCCAAGAAAAUAUUAUAAAAAAAUGAAUGUUUCCAAAGAAGUUUCUAAAAUCUGUAAAAUGCUAUUUCCAUAUUAGUCAAUGUGUAUUUUAUAAGAAGUGAUCUUUUAAAAGAAAUU